CUGAGUAUAUUUAACGUAACGUAACUCUUGGGAACGAACCUGAAGAGUACUUAAUUUGACAUCCGUUGGUGGGACUUGGUCGUUACAGGCAGCCCCUCCCUCGUUCGUGACGUGAGUCAGGGCAGGGCAGGGCAAGGAUCGAGAGGAAGAAGUAUACGUUGCCAGGUUGAGAAGACCUCUAAAACCAUCAGUUGCGGGUGUGUCCAGAUUCAUGUACUUGCUGGAAUACCAAACUUAGUGAUAUGGAGCGACUGAUGUCAAGAUCUGGAAAUUGCAAUUGGAUCCAGUGACGUGGGAUUUCAAACAACACUGCAUGCACCAGCAGCAUGUCGAUGCAUCGACCUCCCCAGUCAACAAAAAACUUGCAUGGAAUCGUUGGAUUGAAAGUCCAGCUUUGUUCCGUUAUGCAUGCAUGCGACCAUGGACUGAGGAGGAGUAGUAGCAGGAGGAGGAGGAGGAGGAGGAGGUGAGACACGAUUGGCCACGAGUACCCUGAGAGCUACACAUCUGCUGGGCUUAUAAAGUGGAGUUGGUCGGAAAUUAUAUUGAUGGUCCGCGAUGCACUGGCCUGUGACUUGAGCCAUGUAUAAUGGACCCGAUCAAGCAGUCCCUGAAGCGAAGCGAAAUGAAAUGAAGAGUCUCUUAUCAGCUCGAUCAGUGAGUGAGCCACGAAUGAGUCUUGCUCUUUCGAUUGAUGAUCGUAAUGACACGAUGUAUCAGCCUGUGGGUUACAAAACAAGCGUCGUCUAUCAUUCGAAUGAGAGUACAGCGACUUGUUCUCUUCUUCUCCUCAUCUCUGGAAUCUUGUAAUUGCGAACACUAUUACUCCCAGUACCACAAGUUCUAGUCGAGUACUUCUAUUAAUGUACAGCUGUUAAUGUCUGAAGGUUUUCUCCUUUGGGUCCUGAACUACAGUACUCACAGAAGAACCUGUGCAAGCUCCUACAGGUAUUCUUCAUGCCAUAACAUCCUCGGGGGAUGCCACCUGAAUUCACUCUCACUCUCACAACAAGUGCAGACCAGUGAGUUGCAGGUGGCUAGUGGUUUCUGCUCACAGUCUGUACACACAAGAACGGGGGUGUUCACUUCAAUACAACAGGGAAUCACACAUUUGUGAAGUUUAUUCUCUGGAGAUUUUUCGGGUUUAUUCUACAUAUUGUUGGCGAACGAAUCCACGAGACCUGUAGAACUCUCUAUGGUCUGUAAACUUACAGCUGAAGAUAUCGGCUGCAAUGUCGAUCGCCGGUCGUAUGUACUGUAUUAGCAUGCAUAAUCAAUCAUGUUGGAAGGUUAUCAAGUUAGUAGAAUCCAAGGUUGACAUCCCUUAGUGCACAGUGCAGAACAGUCCAAUCCAGUAUUGCUGGCAGUUUUCAACACACGCUUUUGGGAACAACUUUUGAAGGUUUACUGACGUCGAGCAUAAUUUGGAUCUAGCCGGAUUCGUACUUGACUUCAUCCCCACUUUUCUCAUACCAGAGCGUCAAAAAUUCUUCAUUCUUAGACGGUGGUCAACGAGUUUAGGCAUCUCUGGGCCUUGACCUCCACCAGACCUCAUCCAAACAUUUUCAAGGUGCCAAGCGAUUCUUUGUGCUGUCCUUUUCACACGCUAUGCCACAUGUUACAAAGCUCAAUAUUUAAGGGUGAAGUAGGUGCAGAUUAUCAUCGAGCCUCUCAAAGUCUUGGCUGCAAUGCUUUGUACACUUUGAGUCCCAUAAUCUUCGUAUCAAGAAUUGUUACAAUACCUUGUGUGGGGUAAAAAAUAGAUAUCAACCUCCACGAAAAUUUUGCUCUCAAAAAACUGUUGAACUUGAAAAGAGUAGAGAAUUUUUUUUUGUCGCUC